UUGAGGGAAAGGAAAACAAGUUUAUUUUUAAUCAUUUAAAUGUAAUGUUUAUUGAGUAUAGUUUAUAUUCUUAUAACAUAUAAAUGACAUGGCCACGAAAAAAAUGUCUUUGUCUCAAAACAAACAGUCAUCACUUAUGAAUUUUGUAAAAAAAACCAGUCGGGAAUCUUCUCGGAAUAGUAGUCCGACUCCAAGCAGUGACAAUGAGCAGGUCUCGGAAAAGAAAUCCAAAUUUGUAUGGAAGUCCAAGUCCACUCCCACCUCUAAUAAUUGGACACCACCAUUCAAACAGAAUCCUGUUGGUAUUUCAUCAAAUCAAGUCCCACCUAGACUGAACCACAUAUUGCCUGUAACUCCAAUAGUUAACACUCCUCCUUCAGCUUUUAACCAGCCUCUGAAAUCAAAUGUUCCAUGUGACAACAGCAAUGAUAUGUUUGCUAUGGACGUGGAUGACUCAAUGGACUUUCUUGAAACGAAUAUAACAAAGAACAAAAGCCAAUCACCAAAACAGACCAACAGAUCUAUCAGAAUCAGUUCCAGCCCUUCACCUUCUAAACAUGAACACAAAUCUGAAACUAGGGAUAAGUCUGUGGAAAACAAGAAAGUUUGCCAGACCCCUGACAAAUCGAGUCCUAAGAAGGAUAGAGACCCUCUGAAGAAUCUUAAACUUGAUAGUUCAAUAUCAGGUUUCUUGCAGAAGAUUUCUCAUCAUCCGGCUUUGAAAAAAGCUAGUGAGGACCGUAGCCUUCAAACAAAAGACCGAGAAGACUGUAAAUACAUGUACAUAGAACUGUUAGAAAAAAUUGCCGACGCGUUUGACAGAAUACCAAACUGCAUUAAAGAAAAAUUCCCCGGCUACGAGAACAAAACUUACGCUAAAAUGAAACUGUUGAAAUCAAAACUAAAGGCAGCUAUGGCGAAGGCGCCUGACGAUUCAACUCAGUCCUACUUAGAUAGUCGACCUAGUACUAGUAAAUGUAAUACACAAUUAAAUGGUCGUGAAAGUCCAUCAUUACUUGGUGAUUGUGAUGAUCUAAACGAUUUCCAAAUGCCACGGAACCAUCUCCUAAAUGGAGAAAAACCUGUACUAACAUCUGAUACUUCAACUCCAGAAUUUACAUUUAAUAAAGCAGCACCAAAUAAAACAAUAUAUUCUGACUUAAUAGCUAAGAAAUCUCUAUCUUUUGAAGCGUUUUCUCCUACAGCAGGAAAUGAAAGCGUCCAAUCAGAUGUAGAGAAUUUAGAUACUUCUGAUAAUGCAAAUAAAAGUAAAGGGAAAUUUGUAUUUAAGAAACCGUCUAGACUUAGUGAAGAUAAUAAUACACCGAACAGAGAUGUACCUUCAAAGACUUUAGAAAGAUUUAAACACGCGUCUGAAAAACUCAAGCCAGUGGCAGUGGAAGAACCUCCAAAAUACGUGCAUGUAGCUAACAGCUCAGUUGGCUUCCAACCCCCUGAGUUAAGUAAGAAUCUGUCAAGCUUCAGUAAACCUUGCACGGCCGUUUCGCCUAUUAUAAAAGAGCCGGUUCAAGACUAUGAUGAAAACGAUUAUGAUAUACCCUUAGAUAUGGAUGAUGAGACGGAUAUUAUUCCGGAAAGUUCUAAAGCCAGUGUGAUCAAUAUAAGUGACUCUGAGCCAAGCAUAAGUAACACGCAGAUUGUGAAUGGUAAAGAGGUUGCAGUGGAUGAUGACGGUUGGCCGGAGUACAGGCUGGAAGACUUUGAGGAAGACAUGGACAUAGCUCUGACGACGGAGCCGGAAGUUGUCAGAUUGAUGGAGAACUCUACGUUGGAGACGGAGACGCCUAAGUAUAAGGGCAUGGGGAAUUUCCACGAAGGGACGCAAAAUGAUGGAAUUACGGGUGAGUUCGACGGCAUGGACUACCCCCACUCGUCGCUCAUGAUGGAGAUGUUCAGCGAGAAGUUCGGUCUGCGCUCCUUCCGACCGAACCAGCUUCAAGUGAUCAACGCCACUUUGCUGGGACACGACUGCUUCGUGCUCAUGCCUACGGGUGGAGGUAAAUCGCUGUGCUACCAACUGCCUGCUAUUUUAACGCCGGGCGUCACCAUCGUCAUAUCGCCGCUGAAAUCACUUAUUUUGGACCAAGUCAACAAGCUACUUUCUUUAGAUAUCCCAGCGGCCCAUCUCUCCGGUGACGUGUCCCUGGCCCAAGUGGACGAGAUAUACCACAAGCUGUCUCUACGGGAGCCUCUGAUCAAGCUGCUCUACGUGACCCCCGAGAAGAUCAGCAGCUCGCCCAAGUUCCAGAGCAUGCUGGACGCGCUGUACUCGCGGGGCAAGCUGGCCAGAUUCGUGAUUGACGAAGCUCACUGCGUAUCCCAGUGGGGUCACGACUUCCGGCCGGACUACAAGCGGCUGUACAUGCUUCGCGAGCGCUUCCCCACUACCAACAUAAUGGCAUUGACGGCGACCGCCACGCCGAGGGUGCGCAUGGACAUUCUGCACCAACUAAAGGUGUCGAAAUGCAAGUGGUUCCUGUGCUCGUUCAACCGGCCGAACCUGGCCUACCGCAUCCUCGAGAAGAAACCGAAGAACGUCAACCAGGACGUCGCCAACAUCAUUAAAGAGAAGUUCUUCCGUGACUCAGGCAUAGUCUACUGCCUGUCGCGCAAAGAGUGCGAGACUCUGUCCGGAGACCUUCGUAAAGUGGGCAUACAGGCUGCGCCUUACCACGCCGGUCUGCCAGAUAAAAAGAGAGAACAGGUGCAAGCGGGAUGGGUAGCUGACAAGUUUAAAGUGAUCUGCGCAACAAUCGCUUUCGGAAUGGGCGUUGACAAGGCGGACGUGCGCUACGUGAUCCACCACAGUAUGCCGAAAUCAGUAGAGGGAUAUUACCAAGAGGCCGGUCGCGCAGGUCGCGACGGAGAACUGGCUACGUGUCUACUGUACUAUUCAUACUGUGACGUGGCGCGGUAUCGCAGAUUGCUAGACAUGGAACGCAACACUACACCGGAGGCGAAGCGCGUCCACAUCGAGAAUCUACUGCGAAUGGUGGAAGUCUGCGAGAGCGUCACCGAGUGCCGGCGCGCGCAGGUGCUGGGAUACUUGGGUGAGCGCUUCAGCCGCGCCGAGUGCGCCGCGUACAAAGCGGCCGCCUGCGACAACUGUCUACAGGCUGCUGAUUAUAAGCCUGUCGACGUAACUGAAGAAUGCAAGCUCAUCGUCCGUGGCAUCCGCGACGCCACCGCGGGCCGCGCUUCGUUUACAUUGCUUCACAUCGCGGAUGCGCUUCGAGGGUCUAUGCAGCAGAGGAUACAGUCCUUGCACAAGAGCCCUAUGCACGGACGAUGCAAGUCAUGGCAGCGCGGCGACCCGCUCCGCCUGCUGCGGCAGAUGGUGGUGCGCUCACUGCUGGCCGAGAAACUGGUGGUCAACAACGACAUCGCCAGCGCCUACGUCGUGCUCGGACCUGCUGUUGACAAAUUAAUGUCUGGAAACGUUCGUGUGGUGUUCCCUAUGAAGGUAGAGAAGAAACCCAAACUGACGGUGACCACUGCCGCACCCGCCGCCAAGGCCGACACGCCCAUCAACGCGCUCAUCAAGAGGAUCGAGGAGAGAUGCUACGCGGACCUCGUCGAGGCAUGCCGGGAAAUGGCGGAAGCCCGCGGCACAUCCCUAAUAGCAGUAAUGCCGCUGGCCGGCUUAAAGGCCAUGUCCACACGGCUGCCCGAGUCGCCGGACGACAUGCUGUCUCUGCCGCACGUCACGCGCGCCAACUACGACAAGUAUGGCGCGGAGCUUCUCAAGAUUACAUCCGCCUACGCCGUGGAGAAAAUGGGCCUUCUCAUGCAGUAUCAAGACGAGCUAGAACAAGAGAAGCCAGCAGAGGAUGACUUCGCUGACGGAACCGACUCGGAAACAGACUGGGGCAGCUUGGCCAAAGGAGCCAGCCACGAUGCCAGCGCCUCCAGUACCAGGAGUAGAGGACGCGGGAGGAGCUUCACUAGAGGCGUUAAGAAGAGGUUUAAGAAGAAGCGAACCGCGUCCGCCGCCAAGACGAAGGCCGCGCGGGGCGCCUACGCGGCGCGCGGCCGGGGCGCCGCCGGCAGCGCCGCCAAGCCCGCCCCGGCGUGGAAGUCUUCAGCGGGCAACAAGCUGGGCAGCAUGCCGGUGCCGCGCGCCAACACCGUGCUCAACACCAGACCCGGCGUCUUCAACCCCUCCAAGCUCAACCUGCUUUAGACGCCAAUCUGGACUUUAUGUGCACCAAAUACGGCUCACAGUUGGUUGAACUGUACUCAACACAAGACCAGACGUUUCACCCAUUCAUACUCGACGUACUACGGACGCCAAUUUUAUCCUUAUGUGUAACAUACACUAUCAAUGACAAAUUGACAACCAGUGCCCUAUCCCACAAAACUUUACAAGUGUACAAUUCGACAAAAUUGUUAAGUUGUAAACAAAAAAAUGUACCACAAUCAUUACAAAUAUGUAUUCGUUACAAGUCUGCAGUAUACAAAUAUGUCAUUUUUGUGAAAGCGUAUCACAAACAAUAAAGGUAUGUCACUACAGCUACAUAAUUUUAGAAUAGUUGAUUUGUAAAUAUACAAGCGAAAAAUUGUAAUGUUACAACUACAAAUAUGUGACGUUGAAGGUAGUUUCACUUUAUACGCAAUACGCAAGAAUAACAUUAAUUAUAUUUACUCGUAUAUAGUGAUCUAUCUACGAGCGUUUACAUACCAACUGACAUUGCAAUUGAUUUGCAAGCUAAACUGACCAUUUUAAACCUCAUAAAUGAAAACAAAAACAUUCUCUUUGGUAAAUUUAGUGAUAAAUUGACGCACACUGUGAAAAUAAACAAAUAGAAGGAGAUAACGCAAAAUUUAAAUGAUUUAGGAAUAAUGGAGAAAUAAUUCUCCAUCACUACCACUGCUAUUUGAACUAAUCAUUUCGUGGUAGGUACAAAGGGUUGGAAUCGCUAAAUACGAUAAAAUAUACAGCAAUUACUAGUAUUCGUAUAGUAGCAACUGUAGCAAGAGGGUGCGACACACGUUUAGAGAAUUGUUAACUUGUAGCUACAAUUCUACAUAUAUGUAUAAUUAUUACCACAAUUUAAUGUAGCACAAAACAAUUGUCAGCUACAAAAUUGUACAUUUUCCGGAAAAUAUAUGUAGCGUAUGUAAAGUAUUGUGAUACAGUAAAUUGUAGACUUGUCGAUACAAUUUACAUAUGUAUUUGUAAGAAUUUUCCACUACAAAUUUGUUACUUGUAUAUUUUGUGGUACGCACAUUUGUAUUAUUACAAACUUGUAACUUGACACUUGUAAAAUUGUAAUUGUAAGUUUUGUGGGAUAGGCCACAGAUGCGAUGCUAUUCGGGUGGAUUGCGUGUGAAAUAAAAAUCAACCUUAUGUGCAUCGUCUAGGAUCGACAGUCGAAUAAAGGUCUCAUCAAGGUUCAUCUCAAUAUCAAACUUAACUAACAAAUGAAGGAGCAACUAUUUGCUAUACUAUGAAACAUUACAAAACCCACCUUAUGCAAACUGACUAAAGCUCAAGAUGAAGUGCAUUCAACUUGCACUAGACCACAAACUCGUCACUUAAGUUAAUAUCAUGAAAUCUACGUGACGCGUUAGAAAGUGCCUUAUUUAUUACGAAAGGACGUAAAUAACGUUCUUUUGUGUUUCUUAUUUAGACCUAAAACGGGUUUUUUUUCUUUGUAUUUGGUUUAAAGGUGACAGUUCAAUGAAUUACCUAUUACUUUUCAAAUGUCAAUGUACAUAGCAAAAUUACUUAAAUCGGCACAAAGAAUAAAACAAAUUACCUCAUUUUAAAUUGUCCAAAAGUAAGAUUAUAAUUUUAAAUAGGUAACUGCAGGCAGUUAGACCCUGUCUCGUACUAAUGGCCCCUCUACACGAUGGGCCAACGCCGGCCACUCCAAGAGACAGAGCCAUGCGGUAGAGUCAGAUAGCAAUAUCACUUGCUCCCUCUAACGCAUAAAUGCGUCCCAUGGAGUGGCAGCCAUAAGACUUGUAUUCUUUCAUGCUAAACCAAGAAUGAUCUAAUUAUAGUGGUUUCAUAAUGUUAUUGCCAUUUUUGGUUUAGGACGGUAGAAUAUUAUCGUUUACUUGACGUGAUACUGCCCAAUAUUGACUUGUUUUUUAUUGUUAUUUUUUCCACCGAUGAUAAUUCGAAAUGCCAGUGUUAUUAGUUUUAAGAAUGAUCCAAUAAAAUAUUUUUAAAUUAUUUAUA